AGUAUUAUAGAAAUGAAGGAAAUCGCAGGUGAUACCAUGUAGAAAAGUAAACGGUAAGAAAUGAAGGAAAUCGCAGGUGAAAUGGAAGGUUGCCAUCAAGCAUUCAGAUCUUAUGAAUCCACAAAAUUCAUCCAAAUCAAUCACCGCUCAGUCAAAAACCACAUCACUUUUCUUUGAGUUAAAGCAAGAAAGAGAACCAUCAGUUUCAGAAAUCAAGCAAGAAACUUUAUUCAUUUCAAUGGCAACACUAGUUUCAGGAUCAACGGGGAGUGACGUAUGGAAGGCGCAUUUGGGUAUGGCAUUGGUGCAGCUAUUCAAUGGUGGCUACCAUGUAAUUACCAAAGUAGCCCUUAAUGUUGGGGUUAACCAGUUAGUCUUUUGCCUCUACCGAGAUCUACUCGCCCUCUUUAUCCUUGCUCCCAUCGCUUAUAUUCGUGAAAAACGGACACGACCACCCAUUACUAAGGACAUCCUGAUAUCAUUCUUUUUCCUUGGAUUAACUGGGAUAUUCGGCAACCAACUUCUGUUUCUUCUUGGUUUAAGCUAUACAAAUCCAACUUAUGCUGCUGCCACACAGCCGGCCAUUCCAGUCUUUACAUUUUUGUUCGCUGUACUGAUGGGUACAGAAAGAGUGAACUUGCUCAGAUAUGAAGGUCUGGCAAAGGUUCUAGGAACUAUUAUCUGUGUUUCGGGUGCCAUAUUGAUGGUUUUGUUUCGCGGUCCAGCUGUAAUAGGAAAUACAGAAAUUGCUCAUUUAGCACAAAAUGAAAUUAGUGCGAGAGGUCAGCCUGAGCCAUCUGGAUGGUUUAUUGGUGGCUUACAGGGUCUUGGAUUCGACCAUUUUCAUCUUGGGGUUCUGUGCUUGAUAGGGAACUGUAUGUGUAUGGCUGCUUAUCUAGCCAUUCAGGCACCGGUAUUGAAAAAAUAUCCUUCAAACCUAUCUGUCACGGCAUAUUCAUACUUCUUUGGAGCUGUUCUGAUGGUGGUGGUGUCAUUUUUAGUGACUAACGAGUCAACUGAAUGGAGUCUGACAUCGGCUGAAAUACUUGCUGUUAUUUAUGCUGGAACUAUUGCAUCUGCUCUUAACUAUGGACUCAUUACAUGGUGCAAUAAGAUUUUAGGUCCAGCUUUGGUUGCCCUAUACAAUCCACUUCAACCCGGCUUUUCUGCCAUACUGUCUCAGAUAUUCCUCGGAAGUCCAGUUUACUUGGGAAGCAUCAUAGGUGGAUCGUUUAUCAUUGCUGGUCUAUAUACAGUUACUUGGGGAUCAUAUAGAGAAAGGCUAGCAGGAGUUGGAGUUACUCCUCAAGGUCCCGGGGAAACUGAACCACUUAUCCAUGAAAAAACUACAUAUCAGAUAGGUCACAUUUUUUCUGGACCCUCUAGUUUAUCUCCAAAGCUAUCCGAUUAAGGAAAUGAAUUACAAAAUACCAGUGCCUUGUGAAAAAAGUUUUGUCAUGGUUCUUCAAUUUGUUACUGCUGUUGAGCGAAUCCACGAACUAAUUUAGAAAAAGUUCAAAUAUUGUAAUUAAUAAUAAGGGUUUUGUUGUAAAAUUAAAAAUACUUUGAUUUAUAUUUGAAGGGUCUCUUUGUAGAUGCCCCAAAUACAAAACUAUAUAAAGUUCAAGCUGUCAGGUUAUAGAACCAUUUGAAGAUA